GAUGAGAGAGAGAAGCCUAAUUGCUCUCCCAGCAUCAGCAGCAUCUAUAAAGCAUCCUGGGAAUUGCUUGCCCUACGUUCAGAGCAGCUGGUCACAUGAGCCUGAAUUUUCAGUUCAGUUCAUUAGUCAGCCAUUUUGGUCAACACCCUGCUUACUGCGCACGGCCAAUCCUAUGAGAACUCAGCAUCCCAUCUCAUCUGAGCAGAUCCUGGAAGUGAUUUCUGCAGCUCAGGAUUUUUUUUUUUAAGCUACACUGAAAAUAUAGGUUUAUUUUUUGUUCAGGUUUUUCUUUUACAUUUUUUUCUGCACAAAGGAGGAGGAUUUUUCACUUAUUCAUAUCGAGGCCAGAUUUUUAAAGCCAGCUAAGGCAGCAUCGGCUGUGCAGGAUUUAAAGCCUAUAGCUCUGCUGAAAAAAAGGUGGGGGGCAGGGAAAGGAAGAUAAAAGGAGAGGAAGCUGGGAGAAGACAAGCAUCAUCUUAUUUUGCUAUGUGGUAGGAACUGUCUAUAAGAUAGUGUAGAAUUGUUUAUCUUGAGCAGUUUGUUCUUAAACUAUAAGGUAUUUUUCCUUGUUUUUUUUUUUAAACCUCCUCCACCCUUUUCCUGAAAGCUUUGUUUCAGAGCUUUGUAUUGGGUUUUUUUAGUGAGGAGGUUGUAUUUAUUUUUGUGGGGUGUGUGUGUGUGUGUCUGUGUGUGUGUUGUGGUCCCAGCUGAGUCAUCAUGUCUGCUCUGACGCCUCCGACCGAUAUGCCAACCCCCACCACUGACAAGAUCACACAGGCUGCCAUGGAGACCAUCUACCUUUGCAAAUUCCGAGUGUCCAUGGAUGGAGAAUGGCUCUGCCUGCGAGAGCUGGAUGACAUCUCACUUACACCUGACCCAGAGCCUACCCAUGAAGACUCUUGGGAGGAUUUGACAGAUUUGGUGGAGCAAAUGCGCGAUGAUACAGAAGAUCCUAAUUAUCUCAUGGCUAACGAACGCAUGAACCUCAUGAACAUGGCCAAGCUGAGUAUCAAGGGCUUGAUUGAAUCAGCUCUGAACCUGGGGAGGACUCUUGACUCUGACUAUGCACCUCUCCAGCAAUUCUUUGUGGUGAUGGAACACUGUCUGAAACAUGGCUUGAAAGCUAAAAAAACUUUUCUUGGACAAAAUAAGUCUUUCUGGGGACCUCUAGAACUGGUAGAAAAGCUUGUUCCAGAAGCCGCAGAGAUAACAGCAAGUGUUAAAGAUCUUCCAGGACUUAAGACACCAGUAGGUAGAGGAAGAGCCUGGCUUCGUUUGGCAUUAAUGCAAAAGAAACUUUCAGAAUAUAUGAAAGCUUUGAUCAAUAAGAAAGAACUUCUCAGUGAAUUCUAUGAACCCAAUGCCCUCAUGAUGGAAGAAGAAGGAGCCAUAAUUGCUGGUCUGUUGGUGGGUCUGAAUGUCAUUGAUGCCAAUUUCUGUAUGAAAGGAGAAGACUUGGACUCUCAGGUUGGAGUUAUAGAUUUUUCAAUGUAUCUCAAGGACGGGAACAGCAGUAAAGGUACUGAAGGAGACGGUCAGAUUACUGCCAUUCUGGACCAGAAGAACUAUGUAGAAGAACUGAACAGACAUUUAAAUGCUACUGUAAACAACCUUCAGGCAAAAGUAGAUGCAUUAGAAAAAUCCAACACUAAACUGACAGAGGAGCUUGCAGUUGCAAACAACAGGAUCAUUACCUUACAAGAAGAAAUGGAACGAGUUAAAGAGGAAAGUUCCUACAUACUGGAAUCCAAUCGGAAGGGUCCCAAGCAAGACAGAACUGCAGAAGGGCAAGCACUAAGUGAAGCAAGAAAGCAUUUAAAAGAAGAGACACAAUUACGAUUGGAUGUUGAAAAAGAGCUGGAGAUGCAGAUCAGCAUGAGGCAGGAGAUGGAAUUGGCUAUGAAGAUGCUGGAGAAGGAUGUCUGUGAGAAGCAGGAUGCCCUGGUAUCUCUUCGGCAGCAGCUGGAUGACCUCAGAGCUCUCAAGCACGAACUUGCCUUUAAGUUGCAGAGUUCAGACUUAGGAGUAAAACAGAAAAGUGAACUAAACAGUCGCUUGGAAGAGAAGACUAAUCAGAUGGCUGCUACCAUUAAACAACUUGAACAAAGUGAAAAGGAUUUGGUGAAACAGGCAAAGACCUUAAAUAGUGCAGCAAAUAAACUGAUCCCAAAACAUCAUUAGGCAUUUUUCAGUUGGCACGUUGCAAGUCUGAUAUCACAACUUCAUUGUAAAAGGAAGAAAUCUGAAAGCUAUUACAUUUAAGCUCUGAUUCUCUCUAAAAUGUCACCAAAAAGUUGACUUUGAAUUUGUUGGACUUUUAAAAAACCAUUUGGAGAUGUAGGUUGGGUGUUUUUCGUAUUGUUUUCUCCCCAGGGUUAGAAAAAUUGGUAUAAGUUCCUAACUAAAAGCUGAGUAAACUUUGAGAAAUUAUUUCUGAGUUGACCAAUAAAUAAAAAUACCACUUUUUUGAAAAAGCCUAGGGAAUUGAAGCUCUGUACAUAUAUUAAUGAUGCCUUUACAACCCAAUCGUUGAUAAUAUCAGAUUCUCGGUGCAUUGUUCAUGUCUGUAUCUGCAAGCCUGUUCUGCCAUUGCAGUGUAAUGAACUAGAGGUAACUACCACAUGAACUCAGACUCUUCUAAAAUAGUUCUGUGUCUCUUAGACCAUGACCCCUUUUCACUUUUGUUAUGUAGGUUUAAUCCCCAAGACAAGGAUAGUACUUAGUAUUUCACUUUCACUACACUUCUAUUCUCAGUAACCAAGAUUGCUUGCAACUUUUUUUGCCUUAGUGACUUUUGAAAAAAAAAAAAAAAGAAAAAACAGCAUCCUUAUAUUUCUUUAAAAUAUAUAGAGAUGAAGUUAGUAAUUAGGUAACUUAUGAUAACAUAAUAAUGUGGACACUUGGGGAAACCCUCCUUAUGUUUGUCAUCUUCUACCUCUGCCAUUUUCCCGCAGUUCUGCUUCCUACUUAGGCAGUUCAGAGAGAAUGAUUCUAAUAGAAACACUCCUCUCGUAUUAAAAAAAUGAUGCAGUACCCAUUUUUCAUAUCCUGCUUUUCUUAUUGGAAUAAAAAGGACAAGGUAUAGACAUGAAUGUUGAUAUUCUACCUGGCCUGUCAUUUCUUACCUGGAAACAUUUACUUAAAAGUUUCUGUUACUUUUUGUUCAGAUGGAGGUUUGCUAAAGGUUCUGGGAAGCUAAUAAUUGAAUUAUUAGAAAAACAUUUCAGAAUAGGAAAUAAAUGAUAAACUUACAUUCUUUAUUAUUAUUUAGUACAAAAAUACAGAUUCCCAGUAGAUAUCCACAAGCAAUAUUAGCAGGGCUUCUAUUUAUAAGUGACCACAGACUAACCCUCUCUAGGCUUUAACAUUGUAAAUAAUCCUAUAAAUACUUUAAUUUUUAAGAUGAUUUUUGAUUUGAAGAGAUGGGCUUUACAUAAGCCUUCAUUCCUUCAAAAGGUCCUAACAAAAUAUUUGGGUUUUUUUCUCUCUUUUUUUUUCCUUCUGGUAUGCUUUGCAGCAUUUCAGCUGCUUAGGUGGGGACACAGAUAACCCCUUCGCUUCCAGCUCUUAAAAUUCUUUAUCUUUUUCUUGGCAAAACCAGAAUUAAGAGUGUACGAUGGAUUCCAUGUGUGCUUAUAUAGGUCCCUGCACAGAUUGGACUUGAACCAAAAUCAAGUCAAAGAACAUAUGUUUAAACCAACUUCAUGGAAGUGGAAGAUCCUGUGCUCUUGAACUUAUUUUAAUUCUUAUAAUUUGCACCUAUAUAAACAAAGCUCCUACUAUAUUCUUCUCUUCAUCAUCCUUUUGUGGUGAUGGGUUGCCUUUUCUAUGAGCAUUUGGAAGGAGUGAUCAAAUACCAAAAUUAAACUUUCUAAAACCUACACAUAGCAUGCUUCUAAAUUCUAUUAUAUAAAGCCCCAAGUGUUUUACCUUCUAAAACAUGCUUCUGUAUAGGUGCAAAGUUAUAAGAUAUUUAGAAGAAAACAUCCAUCAGAAUCUUCUAGAGAAUAUGGUCAGAGUCUUAAACAGGCCCAGUGCUGAGUUCUUUGUCCACUUAGUCACACAUCUUUUGUGGGAAUGGGAAAGGAAGGAGACAGCCAAAUUCUGACAAAGACUUUUCCUUAUAGAAUAACCCAAAGCCUGGGUGAGGGUUGAUAUAUAAUGUCCCAUGAUUUAAUAUAUGUGGUUUGGGGGAAAGGACAAGAAAAAACUAUAAUUCUACAUAUAAGAAGGUAGUUGCCCGUUUACAAGUUCCAGUUAUGUGUGUAAAACAGAAAAAUUAAGUACCAAACCUAUUAGGUAAUUUUUUUAAAAAGUGGAUUUAACUUAAAUUACUGUGUACUUGAGGUUGGCUUUGGAUAUGGAUUUUCUAAAAAGUGAUGUUUUAUUGUUUAUCAUCUAAUGGCUGUAAACUGUAGUACUAGAAUAAAAAAAAAAUGGAAAAUCA